AUGUUUGUUUAUUUCUAUUCUAAAAAUGUCUUAUCAUUAUCAUUAUCAAUAUCAUCAUCAUCAUCAUCAUCAUCAUCAUCAUCAUCAUCAUCAUCAUCAUCAUCAUCAUCAUCAUCAUCAUCAUCAUCAUCAUCAUCAUCAUCAUCAUCAUCAUCAUCAUCAUCAUCAUCAUCAUCAUCAUCAUCAUCAUCAUCAUCAUCAUCAUCAUCAUCAUCAUCAUCAUCAUCAUCAUCAUCAUCAUCAUCAUCAUCAUCAUCAUCAUCAUCAUCAUCAUCAUCAUCAUCAUCAUCAUCAUCAUCAUCAUCAUCAUCAUCAUCAUCAUCAUCAUCAUCAUCAUCAUCAUCAUCAUCAUCAUCAUCAUCAUCAUCAUCAUCAUCAUCAUCAUCAUCAUCAUCAUCAUCAUCAUCAUCAUCAUCAUCAUCAUCAUCAUCAUCAUCAUCAUCAUCAUCAUCAUCAUCAUCAUCAUCAUCAUCAUCAUCAUCAUCAUCAUCAUCAUCAUCAUCAUCAUCAUCAUCAUCAUCAUCAUCAUCAUCAUCAUCAUCAUCAUCAUCAUCAUCAUCAUCAUCAUCAUCAUCAUCAUCAUCAUCAUCAUCAUCAUCAUCAUCAUCAUCAUCAUCAUCAUCAUCAUCAUCAUCAUCAUCAUCAUCAUCAUCAUCAUCAUCAUCAUCAUCAUCAUCAUCAUCAUCAUCAUCAUCAUCAUCAUCAUCAUCAUCAUCAUCAUCAUCAUCAUCAUCAUCAUCAUCAUCAUCAUCAUCAUCAUCAUCAUCAUCAUCAUCAUCAUCAUCAUCAUCAUCAUCAUCAUCAUCAUCAUCAUCAUCAUCAUCAUCAUCAUCAUCAUCAUCAUCAUCAUCAUCAUCAUCAUCAUCAUCAUCAUCAUCAUCAUCAUCAUCAUCAUCAUCAUCAUCAUCAUCAUCAUCAUCAUCAUCAUCAUCAUCAUCAUCAUCAUCAUCAUCAUCAUCAUCAUCAUCAUCAUCAUCAUCAUCAUCAUCAUCAUCAUCAUCAUCAUCAUCAUCAUCAUCAUCAUCAUCAUCAUCAUCAUCAUCAUCAUCAUCAUCAUCAUCAUCAUCAUCAUCAUCAUCAUCAUCAUCAUCAUCAUCAUCAUCAUCAUCAUCAUCAUCAUCAUCAUCAUCAUCAUCAUCAUCAUCAUCAUCAUCAUCAUCAUCAUCAUCAUCAUCAUCAUCAUCAUCAUCAUCAUCAUCAUCAUCAUCAUCAUCAUCAUCAUCAUCAUCAUCAUCAUCAUCAUCAUCAUCAUCAUCAUCAUCAUCAUCAUCAUCAUCAUCAUCAUCAUCAUCAUCAUCAUCAUCAUCAUCAUCAUCAUCAUCAUCAUCAUCAUCAUCAUCAUCAUCAUCAUCAUCAUCAUCAUCAUCAUCAUCAUCAUCAUCAUCAUCAUCAUCAUCAUCAUCAUCAUCAUCAUCAUCAUCAUCAUCAUCAUCAUCAUCAUCAUCAUCAUCAUCAUCAUCAUCAUCAUCAUCAUCAUCAUCAUCAUCAUCAUCAUCAUCAUCAUCAUCAUCAUCAUCAUCAUCAUCAUCAUCAUCAUCAUCAUCAUCAUCAUCAUCAUCAUCAUCAUCAUCAUCAUCAUCAUCAUCAUCAUCAUCAUCAUCAUCAUCAUCAUCAUCAUCAUCAUCAUCAUCAUCAUCAUCAUCAUCAUCAUCAUCAUCAUCAUCAUCAUCAUCAUCAUCAUCAUCAUCAUCAUCAUCAUCAUCAUCAUCAUCAUCAUCAUCAUCAUCAUCAUCAUCAUCAUCAUCAUCAUCAUCAUCAUCAUCAUCAUCAUCAUCAUCAUCAUCAUCAUCAUCAUCAUCAUCAUCAUCAUCAUCAUCAUCAUCAUCAUCAUCAUCAUCAUCAUCAUCAUCAUCAUCAUCAUCAUCAUCAUCAUCAUCAUCAUCAUCAUCAUCAUCAUCAUCAUCAUCAUCAUCAUCAUCAUCAUCAUCAUCAUCAUCAUCAUCAUCAUCAUCAUCAUCAUCAUCAUCAUCAUCAUCAUCAUCAUCAUCAUCAUCAUCAUCAUCAUCAUCAUCAUCAUCAUCAUCAUCAUCAUCAUCAUCAUCAUCAUCAUCAUCAUCAUCAUCAUCAUCAUCAUCAUCAUCAUCAUCAUCAUCAUCAUCAUCAUCAUCAUCAUCAUCAUCAUCAUCAUCAUCAUCAUCAUCAUCAUCAUCAUCAUCAUCAUCAUCAUCAUCAUCAUCAUCAUCAUCAUCAUCAUCAUCAUCAUCAUCAUCAUCAUCAUCAUCAUCAUCAUCAUCAUCAUCAUCAUCAUCAUCAUCAUCAUCAUCAUCAUCAUCAUCAUCAUCAUCAUCAUCAUCAUCAUCAUCAUCAUCAUCAUCAUCAUCAUCAUCAUCAUCAUCAUCAUCAUCAUCAUCAUCAUCAUCAUCAUCAUCAUCAUCAUCAUCAUCAUCAUCAUCAUCAUCAUCAUCAUCAUCAUCAUCAUCAUCAUCAUCAUCAUCAUCAUCAUCAUCAUCAUCAUCAUCAUCAUCAUCAUCAUCAUCAUCAUCAUCAUCAUCAUCAUCAUCAUCAUCAUCAUCAUCAUCAUCAUCAUCAUCAUCAUCAUCAUCAUCAUCAUCAUCAUCAUCAUCAUCAUCAUCAUCAUCAUCAUCAUCAUCAUCAUCAUCAUCAUCAUCAUCAUCAUCAUCAUCAUCAUCAUCAUCAUCAUCAUCAUCAUCAUCAUCAUCAUCAUCAUCAUCAUCAUCAUCAUCAUCAUCAUCAUCAUCAUCAUCAUCAUCAUCAUCAUCAUCAUCAUCAUCAUCAUCAUCAUCAUCAUCAUCAUCAUCAUCAUCAUCAUCAUCAUCAUCAUCAUCAUCAUCAUCAUCAUCAUCAUCAUCAUCAUCAUCAUCAUCAUCAUCAUCAUCAUCAUCAUCAUCAUCAUCAUCAUCAUCAUCAUCAUCAUCAUCAUCAUCAUCAUCAUCAUCAUCAUCAUCAUCAUCAUCAUCAUCAUCAUCAUCAUCAUCAUCAUCAUCAUCAUCAUCAUCAUCAUCAUCAUCAUCAUCAUCAUCAUCAUCAUCAUCAUCAUCAUCAUCAUCAUCAUCAUCAUCAUCAUCAUCAUCAUCAUCAUCAUCAUCAUCAUCAUCAUCAUCAUCAUCAUCAUCAUCAUCAUCAUCAUCAUCAUCAUCAUCAUCAUCAUCAUCAUCAUCAUCAUCAUCAUCAUCAUCAUCAUCAUCAUCAUCAUCAUCAUCAUCAUCAUCAUCAUCAUCAUCAUCAUCAUCAUCAUCAUCAUCAUCAUCAUCAUCAUCAUCAUCAUCAUCAUCAUCAUCAUCAUCAUCAUCAUCAUCAUCAUCAUCAUCAUCAUCAUCAUCAUCAUCAUCAUCAUCAUCAUCAUCAUCAUCAUCAUCAUCAUCAUCAUCAUCAUCAUCAUCAUCAUCAUCAUCAUCAUCAUCAUCAUCAUCAUCAUCAUCAUCAUCAUCAUCAUCAUCAUCAUCAUCAUCAUCAUCAUCAUCAUCAUCAUCAUCAUCAUCAUCAUCAUCAUCAUCAUCAUCAUCAUCAUCAUCAUCAUCAUCAUCAUCAUCAUCAUCAUCAUCAUCAUCAUCAUCAUCAUCAUCAUCAUCAUCAUCAUCAUCAUCAUCAUCAUCAUCAUCAUCAUCAUCAUCAUCAUCAUCAUCAUCAUCAUCAUCAUCAUCAUCAUCAUCAUCAUCAUCAUCAUCAUCAUCAUCAUCAUCAUCAUCAUCAUCAUCAUCAUCAUCAUCAUCAUCAUCAUCAUCAUCAUCAUCAUCAUCAUCAUCAUCAUCAUCAUCAUCAUCAUCAUCAUCAUCAUCAUCAUCAUCAUCAUCAUCAUCAUCAUCAUCAUCAUCAUCAUCAUCAUCAUCAUCAUCAUCAUCAUCAUCAUCAUCAUCAUCAUCAUCAUCAUCAUCAUCAUCAUCAUCAUCAUCAUCAUCAUCAUCAUCAUCAUCAUCAUCAUCAUCAUCAUCAUCAUCAUCAUCAUCAUCAUCAUCAUCAUCAUCAUCAUCAUCAUCAUCAUCAUCAUCAUCAUCAUCAUCAUCAUCAUCAUCAUCAUCAUCAUCAUCAUCAUCAUCAUCAUCAUCAUCAUCAUCAUCAUCAUCAUCAUCAUCAUCAUCAUCAUCAUCAUCAUCAUCAUCAUCAUCAUCAUCAUCAUCAUCAUCAUCAUCAUCAUCAUCAUCAUCAUCAUCAUCAUCAUCAUCAUCAUCAUCAUCAUCAUCAUCAUCAUCAUCAUCAUCAUCAUCAUCAUCAUCAUCAUCAUCAUCAUCAUCAUCAUCAUCAUCAUCAUCAUCAUCAUCAUCAUCAUCAUCAUCAUCAUCAUCAUCAUCAUCAUCAUCAUCAUCAUCAUCAUCAUCAUCAUCAUCAUCAUCAUCAUCAUCAUCAUCAUCAUCAUCAUCAUCAUCAUCAUCAUCAUCAUCAUCAUCAUCAUCAUCAUCAUCAUCAUCAUCAUCAUCAUCAUCAUCAUCAUCAUCAUCAUCAUCAUCAUCAUCAUCAUCAUCAUCAUCAUCAUCAUCAUCAUCAUCAUCAUCAUCAUCAUCAUCAUCAUCAUCAUCAUCAUCAUCAUCAUCAUCAUCAUCAUCAUCAUCAUCAUCAUCAUCAUCAUCAUCAUCAUCAUCAUCAUCAUCAUCAUCAUCAUCAUCAUCAUCAUCAUCAUCAUCAUCAUCAUCAUCAUCAUCAUCAUCAUCAUCAUCAUCAUCAUCAUCAUCAUCAUCAUCAUCAUCAUCAUCAUCAUCAUCAUCAUCAUCAUCAUCAUCAUCAUCAUCAUCAUCAUCAUCAUCAUCAUCAUCAUCAUCAUCAUCAUCAUCAUCAUCAUCAUCAUCAUCAUCAUCAUCAUCAUCAUCAUCAUCAUCAUCAUCAUCAUCAUCAUCAUCAUCAUCAUCAUCAUCAUCAUCAUCAUCAUCAUCAUCAUCAUCAUCAUCAUCAUCAUCAUCAUCAUCAUCAUCAUCAUCAUCAUCAUCAUCAUCAUCAUCAUCAUCAUCAUCAUCAUCAUCAUCAUCAUCAUCAUCAUCAUCAUCAUCAUCAUCAUCAUCAUCAUCAUCAUCAUCAUCAUCAUCAUCAUCAUCAUCAUCAUCAUCAUCAUCAUCAUCAUCAUCAUCAUCAUCAUCAUCAUCAUCAUCAUCAUCAUCAUCAUCAUCAUCAUCAUCAUCAUCAUCAUCAUCAUCAUCAUCAUCAUCAUCAUCAUCAUCAUCAUCAUCAUCAUCAUCAUCAUCAUCAUCAUCAUCAUCAUCAUCAUCAUCAUCAUCAUCAUCAUCAUCAUCAUCAUCAUCAUCAUCAUCAUCAUCAUCAUCAUCAUCAUCAUCAUCAUCAUCAUCAUCAUCAUCAUCAUCAUCAUCAUCAUCAUCAUCAUCAUCAUCAUCAUCAUCAUCAUCAUCAUCAUCAUCAUCAUCAUCAUCAUCAUCAUCAUCAUCAUCAUCAUCAUCAUCAUCAUCAUCAUCAUCAUCAUCAUCAUCAUCAUCAUCAUCAUCAUCAUCAUCAUCAUCAUCAUCAUCAUCAUCAUCAUCAUCAUCAUCAUCAUCAUCAUCAUCAUCAUCAUCAUCAUCAUCAUCAUCAUCAUCAUCAUCAUCAUCAUCAUCAUCAUCAUCAUCAUCAUCAUCAUCAUCAUCAUCAUCAUCACAUCAUCAUCAUCAUCAUCAUCAUCAUCAUCAUCAUCAUCAUCAUCAUCAUCAUCAUCAUCAUCAUCAUCAUCAUCAUCAUCAUCAUCAUCAUCAUCAUCAUCAUCAUCAUCAUCAUCAUCAUCAUCAUCAUCAUCAUCAUCAUCAUCAUCAUCAUCAUCAUCAUCAUCAUCAUCAUCAUCAUCAUCAUCAUCAUCAUCAUCAUCAUCAUCAUCAUCAUCAUCAUCAUCAUCAUCAUCAUCAUCAUCAUCAUCAUCAUCAUCAUCAUCAUCAUCAUCAUCAUCAUCAUCAUCAUCAUCAUCAUCAUCAUCAUCAUCAUCAUCAUCAUCAUCAUCAUCAUCAUCAUCAUCAUCAUCAUCAUCAUCAUCAUCAUCAUCAUCAUCAUCAUCAUCAUCAUCAUCAUCAUCAUCAUCAUCAUCAUCAUCAUCAUCAUCAUCAUCAUCAUCAUCAUCAUCAUCAUCAUCAUCAUCAUCAUCAUCAUCAUCAUCAUCAUCAUCAUCAUCAUCAUCAUCAUCAUCAUCAUCAUCAUCAUCAUCAUCAUCAUCAUCAUCAUCAUCAUCAUCAUCAUCAUCAUCAUCAUCAUCAUCAUCAUCAUCAUCAUCAUCAUCAUCAUCAUCAUCAUCAUCAUCAUCAUCAUCAUCAUCAUCAUCAUCAUCAUCAUCAUCAUCAUCAUCAUCAUCAUCAUCAUCAUCAUCAUCAUCAUCAUCAUCAUCAUCAUCAUCAUCAUCAUCAUCAUCAUCAUCAUCAUCAUCAUCAUCAUCAUCAUCAUCAUCAUCAUCAUCAUCAUCAUCAUCAUCAUCAUCAUCAUCAUCAUCAUCAUCAUCAUCAUCAUCAUCAUCAUCAUCAUCAUCAUCAUCAUCAUCAUCAUCAUCAUCAUCAUCAUCAUCUCAUCAUCAUCAUCAUCAUCAUCAUCAUCAUCAUCAUCAUCAUCAUCAUCAUCAUCAUCAUCAUCAUCAUCAUCAUCAUCAUCAUCAUCAUCAUCAUCAUCAUCAUCAUCAUCCAUCAUCAUCAUCAUCAUCAUCAUCAUCAUCAUCAUCAUCAUCAUCAUCAUCAUCCUCAUCAUCAUCAUCAUCAUCAUCAUCAUCAUCAUCAUCAUCAUCAUCAUCAUCAUCAUCAUCAUCAUCAUCAUCAUCAUCAUCAUCAUCAUCAUCAUCAUCAUCAUCAUCAUCAUCAUCAUCAUCAUCAGCAUCAUCAUCAUCAUCAUCAUCAUCAUCAUCAUCAUCAUCAUCAUCAUCAUCAUCAUCAUCAUCAUCAUCAUCAUCAUCAUCAUCAUCAUCAUCAUCAUCAUCAUCAUCAUCAUCAUCAUCAUCAUCAUCAUCAUCAUCAUCAUCAUCAUCAUCAUCAUCAUCAUCAUCAUCAUCAUCAUCAUCAUCAUCAUCAUCAUCAUCAUCAUCAUCAUCAUCAUCAUCAUCAUCAUCAUCAUCAUCAUCAUCAUCAUCAUCAUCAUCAUCUCAUCAUCAUCAUCAUCAUCAUCAUCAUCAUCAUCAUCAUCAUCAUCAUCAUCAUCAUCAUCAUCAUCAUCAUCAUCAUCAUCAUCAUCAUCAUCAUCAUCAUCAUCAUCAUCAUCAUCAUCAUCAUCAUCAUCAUCAUCAUCAUCAUCAUCAUCAUCAUCAUCAUCAUCAUCAUCAUCAUCAUCAUCAUCAUCAUCAUCAUCAUCAUCAUCAUCAUCAUCAUCAUCAUCAUCAUCAUCAUCAUCAUCAUCAUCAUCAUCAUCAUCAUCAUCAUCAUCAUCAUCAUCAUCAUCAUCAUCAUCAUCAUCAUCAUCAUCAUCAUCAUCAUCAUCAUCAUCAUCAUCAUCAUCAUCAUCAUCAUCAUCAUCAUCAUCAUCAUCAUCAUCAUCAUCAUCAUCAUCAUCAUCAUCAUCAUCAUCAUCAUCAUCAUCAUCAUCAUCAUCAUCAUCAUCAUCAUCAUCAUCAUCAUCAUCAUCAUCAUCAUCAUCAUCAUCAUCAUCAUCAUCAUCAUCAUCAUCAUCAUCUCAUCAUCAUCAUCAUCAUCAUCAUCAUCAUCAUCAUCAUCAUCAUCAUCAUCAUCAUCAUCAUCAUCCUCAUCAUCAUCAUCAUCAUCAUCAUCAUCAUCAUCAUCAUCAUCAUCAUCAUCAUCAUCAUCAUCAUCAUCAUCAUCAUCAUCAUCAUCAUCAUCAUCAUCAUCAUCAUCAUCAUCAUCAUCAUCAUCAUCAUCAUCAUCAUCAUCAUCAUCAUCAUCAUCAUCAUCAUCAUCAUCAUCAUCAUCAUCAUCAUCAUCAUCAUCAUCAUCAUCAUCAUCAUCAUCAUCAUCAUCAUCAUCAUCAUCAUCAUCAUCAUCAUCAUCAUCAUCAUCAUCAUCAUCAUCAUCAUCAUCAUCAUCAUCAUCAUCAUCAUCAUCAUCAUCAUCAUCAUCAUCAUCAUCAUCAUCAUCAUCAUCAUCAUCAUCAUCAUCAUCAUCAUCAUCAUCAUCAUCAUCAUCAUCAUCAUCAUCAUCAUCAUCAUCAUCAUCAUCAUCAUCAUCAUCAUCAUCAUCAUCAUCAUCAUCAUCAUCAUCAUCAUCAUCAUCAUCAUCAUCAUCAUCAUCAUCAUCAUCAUCAUCAUCAUCAUCAUCAUCAUCAUCAUCAUCAUCAUCAUCAUCAUCAUCAUCAUCAUCAUCAUCAUCAUCAUCAUCAUCAUCAUCAUCAUCAUCAUCAUCAUCAUCAUCAUCAUCAUCAUCAUCAUCAUCAUCAUCAUCAUCAUCAUCAUCAUCAUCAUCAUCAUCAUCAUCAUCAUCAUCAUCAUCAUCAUCAUCAUCAUCAUCAUCAUCAUCAUCAUCAUCAUCAUCAUCAUCAUCAUCAUCAUCAUCAUCAUCAUCAUCAUCAUCAUCAUCAUCAUCAUCAUCAUCAUCAUCAUCAUCAUCAUCAUCAUCAUCAUCAUCAUCAUCAUCAUCAUCCUCAUCAUCAUCAUCAUCAUCAUCAUCAUCAUCAUCAUCAUCAUCAUCAUCAUCAUCAUCAUCAUCAUCAUCAUCAUCAUCAUCAUCAUCAUCAUCAUCAUCAUCAUCAUCAUCAUCAUCAUCAUCAUCAUCAUCAUCAUCAUCAUCAUCAUCAUCAUCAUCAUCAUCAUCAUCAUCAUCAUCAUCAUCAUCAUCAUCAUCAUCAUCAUCAUCAUCAUCAUCAUCAUCAUCAUCAUCAUCAUCAUCAUCAUCAUCAUCAUCAUCAUCAUCAUCAUCAUCAUCAUCAUCAUCAUCAUCAUCAUCAUCAUCAUCAUCAUCAUCAUCAUCAUCAUCAUCAUCAUCAUCAUCAUCAUCAUCAUCAUCAUCAUCAUCAUCAUCAUCAUCAUCAUCAUCAUCAUCAUCAUCAUCAUCAUCAUCAUCAUCAUCAUCAUCAUCAUCAUCAUCAUCAUCAUCAUCAUCAUCAUCAUCAUCAUCAUCAUCAUCAUCAUCAUCAUCAUCAUCAUCAUCAUCAUCAUCAUCAUCAUCAUCAUCAUCAUCAUCAUCAUCAUCAUCAUCAUCAUCAUCAUCAUCAUCAUCAUCAUCAUCAUCAUCAUCAUCAUCAUCAUCAUCAUCAUCAUCAUCAUCAUCAUCAUCAUCAUCAUCAUCAUCAUCAUCAUCAUCAUCAUCAUCAUCAUCAUCAUCAUCAUCAUCAUCAUCAUCAUCAUCAUCAUCAUCAUCAUCAUCAUCAUCAUCAUCAUCAUCAUCAUCAUCAUCAUCAUCAUCAUCAUCAUCAUCAUCAUCAUCAUCAUCAUCAUCAUCAUCAUCAUCAUCAUCAUCAUCAUCAUCAUCAUCAUCAUCAUCAUCAUCAUCAUCAUCAUCAUCAUCAUCAUCAUCAUCAUCAUCAUCAUCAUCAUCAUCAUCAUCAUCAUCAUCAUCAUCAUCAUCAUCAUCAUCAUCAUCAUCAUCAUCAUCAUCAUCAUCAUCAUCAUCAUCAUCAUCAUCAUCAUCAUCAUCAUCAUCAUCAUCAUCAUCAUCAUCAUCAUCAUCAUCAUCAUCAUCAUCAUCAUCAUCAUCAUCAUCAUCAUCAUCAUCAUCAUCAUCAUCAUCAUCAUCAUCAUCAUCAUCAUCAUCAUCAUCAUCAUCAUCAUCAUCAUCAUCAUCAUCAUCAUCAUCAUCAUCAUCAUCAUCAUCAUCAUCAUCAUCAUCAUCAUCAUCAUCAUCAUCAUCAUCAUCAUCAUCAUCAUCAUCAUCAUCAUCAUCAUCAUCAUCAUCAUCAUCAUCAUCAUCAUCAUCAUCAUCAUCAUCAUCAUCAUCAUCAUCAUCAUCAUCAUCAUCAUCAUCAUCAUCAUCAUCAUCAUCAUCAUCAUCAUCAUCAUCAUCAUCAUCAUCAUCAUCAUCAUCAUCAUCAUCAUCAUCAUCAUCAUCAUCAUCAUCAUCAUCAUCAUCAUCAUCAUCAUCAUCAUCAUCAUCAUCAUCAUCAUCAUCAUCAUCAUCAUCAUCAUCAUCAUCAUCAUCAUCAUCAUCAUCAUCAUCAUCAUCAUCAUCAUCAUCAUCAUCAUCAUCAUCAUCAUCAUCAUCAUCAUCAUCAUCAUCAUCAUCAUCAUCAUCAUCAUCAUCAUCAUCAUCAUCAUCAUCAUCAUCAUCAUCAUCAUCAUCAUCAUCAUCAUCAUCAUCAUCAUCAUCAUCAUCAUCAUCAUCAUCAUCAUCAUCAUCAUCAUCAUCAUCAUCAUCAUCAUCAUCAUCAUCAUCAUCAUCAUCAUCAUCAUCAUCAUCAUCAUCAUCAUCAUCAUCAUCAUCAUCAUCAUCAUCAUCAUCAUCAUCAUCAUCAUCAUCAUCAUCAUCAUCAUCAUCAUCAUCAUCAUCAUCAUCAUCAUCAUCAUCAUCAUCAUCAUCAUCAUCAUCAUCAUCAUCAUCAUCAUCAUCAUCAUCAUCAUCAUCAUCAUCAUCAUCAUCAUCAUCAUCAUCAUCAUCAUCAUCAUCAUCAUCAUCAUCAUCAUCAUCAUCAUCAUCAUCAUCAUCAUCAUCAUCAUCAUCAUCAUCAUCAUCAUCAUCAUCAUCAUCAUCAUCAUCAUCAUCAUCAUCAUCAUCAUCAUCAUCAUCAUCAUCAUCAUCAUCAUCAUCAUCAUCAUCAUCAUCAUCAUCAUCAUCAUCAUCAUCAUCAUCAUCAUCAUCAUCAUCAUCAUCAUCAUCAUCAUCAUCAUCAUCAUCAUCAUCAUCAUCAUCAUCAUCAUCAUCAUCAUCAUCAUCAUCAUCAUCAUCAUCAUCAUCAUCAUCAUCAUCAUCAUCAUCAUCAUCAUCAUCAUCAUCAUCAUCAUCAUCAUCAUCAUCAUCAUCAUCAUCAUCAUCAUCAUCAUCAUCAUCAUCAUCAUCAUCAUCAUCAUCAUCAUCAUCAUCAUCAUCAUCAUCAUCAUCAUCAUCAUCAUCAUCAUCAUCAUCAUCAUCAUCAUCAUCAUCAUCAUCAUCAUCAUCAUCAUCAUCAUCAUCAUCAUCAUCAUCAUCAUCAUCAUCAUCAUCAUCAUCAUCAUCAUCAUCAUCAUCAUCAUCAUCAUCAUCAUCAUCAUCAUCAUCAUCAUCAUCAUCAUCAUCAUCAUCAUCAUCAUCAUCAUCAUCAUCAUCAUCAUCAUCAUCAUCAUCAUCAUCAUCAUCAUCAUCAUCAUCAUCAUCAUCAUCAUCAUCAUCAUCAUCAUCAUCAUCAUCAUCAUCAUCAUCAUCAUCAUCAUCAUCAUCAUCAUCAUCAUCAUCAUCAUCAUCAUCAUCAUCAUCAUCAUCAUCAUCAUCAUCAUCAUCAUCAUCAUCAUCAUCAUCAUCAUCAUCAUCAUCAUCAUCAUCAUCAUCAUCAUCAUCAUCAUCAUCAUCAUCAUCAUCAUCAUCAUCAUCAUCAUCAUCAUCAUCAUCAUCAUCAUCAUCAUCAUCAUCAUCAUCAUCAUCAUCAUCAUCAUCAUCAUCAUCAUCAUCAUCAUCAUCAUCAUCAUCAUCAUCAUCAUCAUCAUCAUCAUCAUCAUCAUCAUCAUCAUCAUCAUCAUCAUCAUCAUCAUCAUCAUCAUCAUCAUCAUCAUCAUCAUCAUCAUCAUCAUCAUCAUCAUCAUCAUCAUCAUCAUCAUCAUCAUCAUCAUCAUCAUCAUCAUCAUCAUCAUCAUCAUCAUCAUCAUCAUCAUCAUCAUCAUCAUCAUCAUCAUCAUCAUCAUCAUCAUCAUCAUCAUCAUCAUCAUCAUCAUCAUCAUCAUCAUCAUCAUCAUCAUCAUCAUCAUCAUCAUCAUCAUCAUCAUCAUCAUCAUCAUCAUCAUCAUCAUCAUCAUCAUCAUCAUCAUCAUCAUCAUCAUCAUCAUCAUCAUCAUCAUCAUCAUCAUCAUCAUCAUCAUCAUCAUCAUCAUCAUCAUGA